AAGAAGUGCCCACUGUAUUAGCUCAACAUCUAAAUCACUUUCUUUAUUUCUACAAAAAAAAAAUAUAAUAAUAUUAUUAAAUAUUAAAAACUCAUUGAAAAAAAUUACAAUCAUUUCUUCUGAGUGUUUUUUGUGCGUGUAACUUUUUUUGUGUGAACAAAAAGGAGUAAUUAAGCCUUUAAAAAAAUCCCUAAAAAAUACAAAACAAAAGAAUAAUCCAAUAAAAAACAGAUAAAAUGCAUUCGCAAAUCCUGGAGGACUCGCCCAAUGCGCGCAUCAACAAGACGAUCCUGGACCGUUACCUGUCCCUGCCCCUGCAGGAGAACGUCGUCCAGGCCACCUACGUGUGGAUCGACGGCACUGGCGAGGAUCUGCGCUGCAAGGAUCGCACCCUCGACUUUAUCCCAUCGAGUCCCAAGGAGCUACCAAUUUGGAAUUACGAUGGCAGCUCGUGCUACCAGGCCGAGGGCUCCAACUCGGACACCUACCUCUAUCCGGUGGCCAUCUACAAGGACCCCUUCCGUCGCGGCAACAACAUCCUCGUGAUGUGCGACACCUACAAGUUCGACGGCACCCCCACGGAGACCAACAAGCGAAAGACCUGUCUGGAGGUAGCCAACAAGUGCCUGGACGCCGAGCCCUGGUUCGGUAUCGAGCAGGAGUACACCUUCCUGGACUUCGAUGGUCAUCCGCUGGGAUGGCCCAAGAAUGGUUUCCCGGGACCCCAGGGACCCUACUAUUGCGGCGUUGGUGCCAACAAGGUCUACGCCCGUGACAUUGUCGAUGCCCACUAUCGCGCCUGUCUGUACGCCGGAAUCAAGGUGUCCGGCACCAAUGCCGAGGUGAUGCCCGCCCAAUGGGAGUUCCAGGUGGGACCCUGUGUGGGAAUCUCCAUUGGCGAUGACCUCUGGAUGGCCCGUUUCCUCUUGCAUCGCAUCUCCGAGGAGUUUGGAAUUGUGUCCACUUUGGAUCCCAAGCCCAUGCCUGGUGACUGGAAUGGCGCCGGUGCCCAUACCAAUGUCUCCACGAAGGCGAUGCGCGAGGAUGGCGGCAUCCGGGACAUUGAGAAGGCGGUGGCCAAGCUCUCCAAGUGCCACGAGCGCCACAUCCGGGCCUAUGAUCCCAAGCAGGGUCAGGACAAUGCCCGUCGUCUGACCGGAAAGCACGAGACCAGUUCCAUCAAUGACUUCAGUGCCGGAGUUGCCAACCGUGGCUGCAGCAUACGUAUCCCCAGGGGCGUCAAUGACGAUGGAAAGGGCUACUUUGAGGAUCGCCGACCCAGCUCCAAUUGCGAUCCCUACUCCGUGGUGGAGGCCAUUUUGCGUACCAUCUGUCUGGAUGAAUAGAGGCGGAGGAGGAGGAGGAGGAGGUCCUUUCCUGCACCACCCCCCAUGUUGUUAUCGAUUUCUUUGUUAAGAACACUAUAUUUUUUUUUGAAUUUUUUUGAUCCACUGACCCGAAAAUCGAACCUGAACUUGCGACACACUGAACCCGAAAACAAAACCACAAACCGCAAAAAAAAAAAAUACCCAAGAAAAUAAAAAUAAAUUAAUUUAGAAUCGUAGGAUUAGGAAUUCAAUUUACCUAACGUAUUUUAUCCCCCCCUACCCCCCCCCCCCUAAUUAAUUAAAUAUCAAGCUUUUUUUUUUUUGAAACUCCUGUUAUUUAGGUUUUAGUGUGACCAUUUUUUUUUUGUCAAGUCAGCAAUACUACACACACACACAUAUCUAUAUGGUUAGUGAAAGAUGGAAAGAAGAAGAGCAAGAACCCAAAAAGACAUCCCCAAGACCAGACCCCCCCCUCUAAAAUAUAUAAACUAUUAACCCUAUAAAGCUAUAGUAUCAAAUGUCUCCACUGAGACGAAAAAACACCCUAUCCCCUGUAAUUGUUAAUGAUAUUAAUUAAAAUUAACUUUAAUCCUAAAACUACAUACCAUAUACUCUCUAGUUAAGUAAAUGCACUAAAAAAAUAAACAAAAAAAUUACAAAAAUUAUAAAA